AUGACGACAGAAUUUGUCCAAGGACAUGCUAAAUCCUCAUCAAUAGUCUCAAUAGCAGAUGUUAAUAAUAUUUAUUCAAAGAAAACUUCAAACUAUUUGAAUAUAACAUCAAAAUACGGUGAUUCAAGAGACAACAUAAAAGAUAUCGAACUUUAUAAGAAUAUAUGCUCCUAUGAAAACACUUUAAAUAGUCUCGUGGAAUCUGUAGAUAAAUAUAAACCUGAUAUACAACUAGCUAAGGAACUCAUAGCUGUCGACCGAAAUCUGUUUCAAUCGUUGGGCGAAUUCAACAAGUUCGAUCAAAUUGAUACAAAAUUGACACAAUUAAAUGAGGAAAGUCAGGAGAUCGAUUUGAAAAUAAAAAACAUCUUAGACACUUUAAAUGAAUGUCAUGAUCAAUUGAAUAGCAUGCCAACAUUGCAACAGGUUGAAUUUGAGAUGAAUGCUAUCUUAGAACAGAGACAGAGGAUCAAUUCAAGGGAUUUAUUGGAGUAUGCUACAAAAUUGUCUAAGUUUACCAAAGCUCCACCGACUUUUGAUAAAGGUUCUAUUGGACCAAACAAUUUUAUUUGGCCUGCAGAGGAUGCUUUAAGGAGAGGUAUGUUAGCUAUGGCUAAUUUAUAUUCAAAUGAAUUGACUAAAAUAUCUACAGAUAAUAAUGAUAAUAGUGCAAUAACAAAUUCUAAUACUAUUUCAAAUAAUGAUGCUGCGCAAGGACUAAGGCAGAGUGGAGAUGAAUUUAGUACAGAAAAUCAUGAAAAAAGGGAAAGAAGGUCGUCUUUCGUUUUUGGUGCACAUGUUAAUAGUGAGAAUGAAAAGGACAAUGAAAAUGAAAACGCUGAAGAUGCGAUGGAUCUCGAUUUAGAUUUAUUUAGUCCAGAUGAACUUUGA